AUGCAUCCCGCCAUCGGAUUCUUCUUUGUUGCCUCUAUACUCGCGCUGCUCAUCAGAUGGGCCAAUAGAACCGAUAUCCCAAAGAUCAAGAACCUACCCGAACUUCCUGGGGUGCCAAUUUUUGGGAGUCUGAUCCUCUUGGGCAAGUAUCAUGCCAGAAACUGCGCUCGGCUGGCCAAGACGUAUGGCGAUGUCUUCCAGGUUCGCCUGGGCAACCGCAGAUUCAUUUAUGCAAACUCGUUCGAAUCGGUGAAGGAACUAUGGAUCAAAAAUCAGUCAGCACUCAUCUCUCGGCCAAAGUUUUGGACAUUCCACGACGUGGUUUCGCAAACCCAGGGAGUGUAUACCCUGGGGACCUCGCCAUGGUCUGAAUCCCUAAAGAGAGCCCGUAAAGCGGCGGCCACGGCCCUGAACAGACAGGCGGUGCAGACAUACCUCCCAUUCAUCGACCUUGAGUCCACCACCAGCAUCAACGAACUGGUCCAGAACAUCAAAUUUGGAUACGACAUUGACCCCAAUGGCUAUUUCCAACGCUUCUCAUUGAACAUCAGCCUGACCCUGAACUACGGUAUUCGUAUCCAGGGCACUGUCAAAGACAGCACUCUCAAUGAAGUCGUCGCCGUUGAGCGAGAGCUGGGAAACAUUCGUGGCAUUGCGCAUAACUGGCAAGAUUAUGUCCCAUUGCUCCGAAUCCUACCGGGGUACAAGUCGAAUGCUGUCAAGUAUCGGGCUCGACGAGACGAAUACAUCCUUAGCUUCUUCAACCAGUUGAAAGAACGAAUCGCAAACGGCACCGACCACCCUUGCAUUGCUGGCAAUGUCCUGAAAGAUCCAGAGGCUAAAUUGGCGGAUAAUGAACUCAAAUCCAUCUGUUUGACCAUGGUCGCUGCCGGCCUCGACACAUUGCCAGGGAAUAUCAACAUGACGAUCGCUUACCUUUCAUCACCGCACGGCCAGGAGAUCCAAGCACGAAUGUACGACGAAAUCAUCAAAUCCUACCCUGGAAAAGACCCAUGGCAUGGAUGCUUAUACGAAGAGACGUCUGAGUACGUUAUUUCCUUUGUGAAGGAGGUGCUUCGCUUCUGGUCCACUCUGAACUUGUCAUUCUAUCGCCAAAGUGUCAGUGACAUCACUUACAAAGGUGCUGUUAUCCCUGCCGGGACGCCUUUCUUGAUGAAUAUGUGGGCCGCGAAUCAUGAUCCUGUGCACUUCAAGUCUCCGAUGGAAUUCAUCCCGGAUCGCUUCUUGGGGCAAUCAGGCGCCGGAGAGGGCACACAGCACUUUGGCUAUGGCGCCGGUACUCGGAUGUGUGCCGGAGCACACCUGGCAAAUCGAGAGCUGUACAUCAUCUUCACACGCCUAGUCCUGGCCUUCCGCAUCCAUGAGGCCACCGAUCCCAAGGACAGGCCGAUUCUGGACACGAUUGAGUGCAACUCGGUGCCGACAAGUAUGGUCACUCAGCCCAAACCCUUCAAGGUGAGAUUCAUCCCUCGAGACCAGAAACAGCUUGAGACGUGGAUCGGUCAGAGCGUCGAGAACACCUCACACCUUUGA